UCACGCCACACAGAGGGAGAGGAAAGAGAGAGACUACAGGGAGGUCGAGGGAGAAAGAGUGGACAGAACAGGAGAGGAGAGGAACACAAGAGGAAAGUGCAAGAAGCCAAAAGUUUGUUGCAAAAAUAGAUGAGCCUGAGACAGACAGGUGGAUUCUCAAGUCUUUUUGUGUUAUUGGAUCUUCUGGAGGAUUUCGUGUGCAAGUGAUGCUUUGCACAUCCUCUCAUAGGUGGAGGAUUAACAUCACUAAAUCCUGUGUGCAUAUGUGGGCAACUUCAUAGUUGCACAUUACCAGGUUGAGCAAGUCCAGAUACUAUAUUGAUGCAAGACAAAGAGGAUGGGAAUCCACUGCAAAUUCCUUAUGCUCCACUUGAUCCUUUCAUCUCCUGUACAAGCCCAGUGGUGGAACCUCUUCUGGGGUUUAGACCAAACCACCUCCAGGUCUUCUCUUCCCUCCAUUUCUCCCUCCAGCUCACCGUCCAUCACCCCAACAAACUCCAGUGGCACUACAGAGGUAACAGCGAAGGCAGGAUUGGAGGACUGGGUAACAGAUGGGAGCACUCAAACAAAAGAGACUACCUCAGCUAUUACUCCCAGUCCUGGACUAUUAACCUCUGGCAUUAACAUGACAGGACCUGGAUUACCUGCCAAAGACCAAGCACGUGAAAUCGGCAAAGUCAGGGCCCAGUACAAAUUGCUGAAACACUGGAAAACUGAGCGAGGCUCUGGAAGUCAUCUGGACCUGACAGAGUUAAUUGGCGUCCCCCUCCCUCCUGCUGUCUCCUUCACUUCUGGCUUUGAGGGCUUUCCAGCCUACAGCUUUGGACCCAAAGCCAACAUUGGCCGUCUUACCAAGACCUUUGUGCCAGGGCCUUUCUAUCGGGACUUUGCCAUCAUCGUCACGGUGCGUCCCAGCAGCCCCAGAGGAGGGGUACUCUUUGCCAUCACAGAUGCCGGUCAGAAAGUGGUGGAGCUGGGUUUGGCCCUCACGCCGGUCCGUGACGGACUGCAAAACAUCUUAUUGUACUACACCGAAAGAGAGCAGGCAUCCCACAGCCACAAGGCCGCUACCUUCAGUGUCCCAGAUAUGACCAACCAGUGGACACGAUUCACGGUGGUGGUGGAGCAGGAUGAAGUGCGUCUCUACAUGGACUGUGGUGAGGCGGAGAGGAUCACCUUCAGUCGCAGGACAGAAAGACUCACUUUCUCACACAACUCGGGCAUUUUCGUAGGGAAUGCAGGAAGCACAGGACUUGAUAACUUUGUGGGCUCCAUCCAGCAGCUGGUGAUAAAAGAUGAUCCCCGAGCAGCUGAGGAGCAGUGCGAAGAUGAUGAUCCUUAUGCCUCUGGGUAUGCCAGUGGGGAUGGCACUCUUGAUGACAGAGAGACGGAGGAGGAACUGAUGAAACGGACACAUGGGAAGAAGCAAAAAGAGCACAGCAGUCCAGUCCAAGCUCCACCCACUGAACUUCCAGAAGUGGAGCCUGAUGAGUAUUCUGGUCAAGUAACCCAAACGGACACCAGUGGACAAAUGCUGAUUAGAGGGUCACACCAGACAGAGGAGCCAGGGGAGGAGAGACCAGCACACACAAGUACAGAGGGUCACAUCAGGCAGGGCCCAAAAGGAGAGAGGGGUGAUCCAGGGCCUAGAGGACUGCCUGGCUUACCUGGUCCCCCAGGUCCCACUCCCACGGCUAUGUCUGCCUCAAGGGGACCUCAAGGACCAACAGGACCCCCUGGAUCUCCUGGACUUCCAGGAAGAGAUGGACAACAAGGAAUCAAAGGUGACAAAGGAGACACAGGUGAAAGAGGACCUCCAGGAUUCCCAGGUUUGGCUGGAGAGACAGGAGCCAAAGGAGAGAAGGGGGACCCUGGGGUUGGUUUUCCAGGCCCUCCCGGUCUUCCUGGGCCUCCAGGUCCACCCAGAUCACACAGUGUACCCUAUGGAGCAGAUGCUUUAGGAUCUGGUUUUGAAGACCUGGAAACUGACACUGAAACUAUCAGGGGUCCUCCUGGUCUACCAGGCCCUCCAGGUCCUCCAGGACCUCCUGGACUCAACCUGUCAUUGUCUGAAGAACACCUCUCUCAAGGCAUUGUUUGUCCGCCUGGUACACCUGGCAAAGAUGGAGCCCCUGGAACCCCUGGAUUCCCCAUAUUUGAGGAUUGCGUUAGUGGUUCUGGGCCCGAUGGUUCACGUCUGAACUCAGAGUUGUCAUCUGACCUCAGCUCUGGUUUCAGUUCUGAUUCCAGUUUUCACUCUGGGCUUGACUUUGGGUCCACUUUAGGUUCAGGAGAGGGUGUAACAGGAAGAGCUGGUAUUCCAGGUCCACCAGGCGCUGCGGGAGACAAGGGUGAUCCAGGAUUACCUGGGCCCCCUGGACCAAAGGGAGAAUGUGGGUCUCUGGGCAGUGCAGGGCCUCCUGGGCCCACAGGUCCACAGGGAAACAGAGGGCCGCCAGGUCCCCCAGGACCACCUGGACUUCCAGGACCUCCUGGACCCAGAAUCUUUGUGGAGGAUAUGGAAGGAUCUGGGAAGAGUGAUUUGCUAAAUGGACCUGGAACCAGAGGCCCAGAGGGUCCCCCAGGACUACCAGGUCCAAUUGGACCGAAGGGUGAGGAUGGUGCCCCAGGUCCUCCAGGACUCUCUGUCAAGGGUGAAGCAGGGGAUCCAGGGCCAGAGGGUCUUCAAGGUCCUGCUGGACUACCAGGUGCAAGGGGGCCCAAAGGAGAAAAGGGCAGUUUGGGACCCAGGGGAUUGCCUGGAUUUGAUGGACUUAGUAUCCCAGGACCACCUGGGCCUCCUGGACCACCGGGGCCUAGCAUUAAUCUGCAGGAUCUCCUCAUCAAUGCUACAGAUGGUACCUUCAACAUCACAGAGAUAAGAGGACCACCAGGGCCCAUGGGGCCUGAAGGUUUGCCUGGCAGAGCUGGAUUUCCUGGUCCUAGAGGACCAAAGGGAGACAUGGGCCCCCAAGGUAUACCAGGACUACCAGGGCUCAAGGGAGACAAGGGAGAACCAGGUGUGACCAUCGCUGCUGAUGGAUCCAUCUCAACAAGGAUAACAGGCCCCCAGGGGCCAAAAGGAAUCAAGGGUGACCGCGGGUUCCCAGGUCCUGUUGGAACUAUUGGUCCAAUAGGACCACCUGGACAAAAGGGAGAAUAUGGUUUUCCUGGUCGUCCGGGGCGUUCUGGUAUGCCUGGCAAAAAAGGUGAGAGAGGAGAGUCUAUUGGCCUACCGGGACCUCCGGGUCCUCCUGGUCUUCCAGGAAGAAUUCUUGGACUGAACGGAAUAGUGUUUCCGGUGCGCCCAAGACCGCACUGCAAAAAGGGACCAGAGUUGGUCAAAAGGGGAGAGUCAGUGGGAGCUAAAGGAGACAAAGGAGACAUGGGACUACCCGGAGAGCCAGGCACAGAUUCACCCAGGUUUCCAAGUGAAAUUGUUGGUGAUAAAGGUGAGCAAGGACUCACAGGGCAGAAGGGAGAAAAGGGUGACAGCGGCCUGCCUGGUCCUCCAGGACUACCAGGGAGGGCAGGACUUGUGGGGCCCAAAGGUGAGUCCAUCAUGGGUCCGCCGGGUCCUGCUGGUUCUCCAGGCCUGCCUGGAGCCCCUGGAUUGGGGCAACCAGGUCCUCGGGGGCCCCCUGGUCCUGCUGGGCCCACAGGGCCUGACCCUGCUUAUGGACUGGGUGUCAGUGUCCUUGGACCUCCUGGUCCUCCAGGACCACCAGGUUCUCCAGGACAAGGCCACCAGGUGAGCACCUAUAAGACAAUUCUCGCUCUGAGCAGAGACUCUCACAGGGCUUCAGAGGGAAUGUUGGCGUACAUCUCUGAGCGAGGAGGAGAGCUGUACAUCAGAGCACGCAACGGAUGGCGAAAGGUUCAGCUGGGAGAGUUGAUCCAGUUUGAAUCUUCUUCCUUUGCGGCGUCUCAGGCUCUUAAUAGACCUGGAGAGUGGAGCAGACCACACAGGAGCCAUGGCCAGCUACAGGAGCCAAGGAACGGAUAUCAGCCCAGUUUUAAUUUACUACCACAGACUUUCAACUCUGUACCCGGGCUGCAUCUGGUUGCUCUGAACACUCCGCUGAAGGGAGACAUGCGCGGCAUUCGUGGGGCAGAUUUCCAGUGCUACCAGCAGGCUCGCUCCAUAGGCUUAACAACCACAUACAGGGCUUUCCUGUCGUCGCACCUCCAAGACCUGGCAACCAUAGUGAGGAAGGCUGACCGCAAUGGAAUGCCAGUGGUUAAUCUCAGGGGUGAAGUGCUGUUCAGCAGUUGGAUGUCCAUCUUCUCUGGGAAUGGCGGCAUGUUUAACCCAACUACGCCCAUUUACACCUUCAGUGGACGUAACGUUAUGACGGACUCAGCCUGGCCUGACAAGUUGAUCUGGCAUGGGUCCAACACUGCAGGAAUCCGUUUGCCUUCCAACUACUGUGAGGCAUGGAGGACGGCGGACUUGGCGGUAACAGGCCAGGUGGCGCUGCUGCAGACAGGACGCCUGUUAGGACAGCACGCCCGCUCCUGCUCCAACCACUACAUAGUGCUGUGUAUAGAGAACACGUACGUGGGCAACAUGCAUCAAAGGAAUAACUGAAGACAACACACACACACACUGAAAACACACCAUGCACAUACACAACCCCAACAUGGAACACAUGCAGACACAUGCAUGGAGACGCAUCACGCUUUGCGUAGGAACUCUGUCCACAUUCACAAAGGUCACUAAGUGGAGAUAAAUCAAAUCAGUUUUAUUUAUAUAGCGCCAAAUCACAACAAACAGUUGCCCCAAGGCGCUUUAUAUUGUAAGGCAAAAGCCAUACAAUAAUUACAGAAAAACCCCAACGGUCAAAACGACC